CUCCUCAAACUUCUACUGAUGUCACUGCACUUUCUACACAGUAAAGCCACAUGAGACCACAUCACUCCAGCUGACACUUACAGAUGGAAACGUGUAUUCAUACAUACAGAUGUCAAUUUAAGAAACAAAAAAUUUACCAGGACCCGACGUUGCCCGUCAGAGGAAGCAUCAGAGUUUGAAGAGUGGAUAAUCUGGACAUGCAUGGCAGGAUCUCGCAGUUGUUCUUGAUUAAUGCAUUGACAUGUGGUCUGGAGGUAUGUUUGGCUGCUGGGACCAUCUACAUCCCACCAAUGCUGCUGGAGGCAGGGGUGGAGGAACGAUUCAUGACCAUGGUACUGGCUGUGGGACCCGUGCUGGGGCUGAUCGUCGUCCCUCUAAUUGGUUCGGCGAGUGACAGCUUGAGAAAUAAAUAUGGUCGCAGACGUCCCUUCAUAUGGGUGCUGUGCACGGGCGUCCUGCUCGGCCUCUUGAUCAUCCCACAGACAUCCACCCUUGUCACCCUGCUCACAAAACAACAACGCCAUUGGCUGGAGGUCCCGCUGCUGGUGCUCGCCAUUUGUUUGAUGGAAUUUUGCGGUCAGGCCUGCUUCACACCUUUGGAGGCCUUGGUUUCUGACCUCUUUCCUGGAGAAGAGGAGAGUCGCAAGGCUUUCUCCGUCUACUCCCUCAUGCUCAGUCUGGGUGGAUGCAUUGGCUACCUUCUGCCAGCUGUUGACUGGACCGCUUCGGAUACCGUGGUCUACUUGGGUGGACAAGAGGCCUUCAUCUACGUUGUUCUGACCAUCAUUUUUCUCGCCUGUUUGAUGGGUACGGCCUUCAUCUCUGAGGAGCAGACGGGACGAGAACGUCUGGUAGAACCUGAGGUUUUCAGAAGGCAUGAAAACCUGAAGUCUUGCUGCUGCCCUUGUGUGACAUUCCCCAGAUUUCUGCUUUUGCGAAGGACAUUCUCGAGUCUCCUUUCUGUGGUUCCCCGACUCUACUCGCUGUGUAGUCGCAUGCCAAAAGUCAUUGCAAGGCUGUUUGUCGCUGAGUUGUGCAGCUGGAUGGCACUUAUGUCCUUUAUGCUCUUCUACACAGACUUUGUUGGAGAGGGAUUGUAUAACGGGGUUCCCAGUGAUGAGCCAGGCUCCACGGGGAGGAUACGCUACGAUGAAGGUGUGCGAAUGGCCAGCCUGGGUCUUUUCCUCCAGUGUGUGACCUCUGUGAUCUUCUCAGUGCUUAUGGAGCGUCUGGUGUUGUGUAUUGGAGUCAGAAAGCUGUACUUGAGCAGUGUGAUUCUGCUGGUUGUGAGUACAGCAACUAUGACCGUAUCUCACAACAUCAUAUUAGUCACCAUCAUGGCCGCUGCUACAGGAUACACCUUCUGCACCCUGCAGAUCCUGCCGUACACGCUCACAUGCCUCUACCACUCAAAUACACAGGUGUUUUUCUCCACCGAGAAGCGCAAAAUUCCUCUCAGGGAGGAAGAUGUAAUGUUAAUCAGAUCAGGGAUGCCUUCCUUGACUAAGCAGAAAAGAACUAACGGGUGCAUCAGUGGGUAUCCAGGUACGACGAAUCCCUUCCAGAACAAUCUAAAAAACUCGCAAUCGCUUGAUCUGCACGUGUCUGUCACCUUGGAGCCGCAACCUUCAGCCGUCAGAGGCAUGGGCACAGACAUCGCCAUUUUAGACAGCGCCUACUUGCUGUCUCAGGUGGUCCCGUCGCUCCUUAUGGGCUCCAUCGUUCAGCUCUUCCAGAGUGUGACUGCGUACAUGGCCUGUGCGUCUCUGUUGAGUCUGGUGGCUAUGUAUUUCUCCAGAAAGAUCGUGUUUGAGAAGGCGGAUAUUGAUUCGAGAUGACCACCAACACAGCAACGGACUUUGGAACUAUAAAGGGCAGCUGGUCCUGUUUGGCAUUUAUUUCAUAAAAAGAGAUGGCAAUGUGCAAUUGAACGCG